UAUACAGAAGUUGAAUGAAGUCAACAGACAAGUGCCUGUAAUGCCUAACUUCCGAGAUCACUUUAUACCAACUUUUGCACAAAGAGGAAUACCUAAAAUGCCCCAGAUGAACAAUUAUGCUAAUCGACGUAGUCUCCAAGGUAGAGAUUCUAAAACCAGGAAAGUUAUAUCCCUUUCUCAAAAUGUUAAACUUCACGAAGCUGAUAAUGCUUGGAAACCUUUCUACAAGCAAGAUGUCGCUGGUGGCCAGUUAGAUCUUGAAAAAGAGAAACUUAAAAGAAGUGUCCAAGGGAUCCUUAAUAGACUUACGCCACAAGAGUUUGAAACUCUUUUGACUGAAGUUAAAAAUCUUAACAUCGACACUGAAGAAAAACUGUGCACAGUCACUGAUUUAAUAUUUGAGGAAGCUGCGGCCGAGCCAAACUCCAGUUUCCUCUAUGCAAACAUGUGCAAGCAUUUGGCAUUGAUUAAAGUGUCCACUAAAAAUAAGGACUAUGUGAAUUUCCGUAAAGUUCUCUUAAGAAAGUGCCAGAAAGAAUUCGAAGAGGGUAGGCGUGAUGAAUUGAAACACGAGGAAAGGGUUAAGGCCCUGGAAGAAGCUGCUCCAGAAGAAAAGAAAGAGUUAGAGCAGAAAAUGUAUGAUGAAGAUAAUAAAAUGAGAUAUAGGCGGCUCGGCUAUAUAAGAUUUAUUGGCGAACUCUUUUGCCUUAAAAUGUUAACUGAACCAAUCAUGCAUGAAUACAUAAAGAGGCUCAUCUCCCAAGGAGAUGAAGAAUCACUUGAGUGCUUGUGUCAAUUGCUGAAAACGAUUGGUAAAGAAUUAGAUGAUCGAAAAGUUAAAGGUUCAAAAGAAAGUAUGAUGAAAAAUUAUUUCACACAAAUGCAAAAGAUAGUAGACAAGCGUUUAACUGGUUCUAGGGUCAGGUUCAUGUUGCAAGAUGUUAUAGAUUUAAGAAGGAAUGAUUGGGUUCUGCAGAACAAACCCUUCCAAAAUAGGGUGCCUGAUAACCGAGACAGAAGAAAAAAUACUGCUCGAAAUGUGGGAACAUCAUGGGGUUGGUCGUCUUUUGCAAAAAGUAGUAAAGGCUGCUAUAGUCUUGUUGAUCCUAAUAAAUUAAAACUGUCUAAGCCUGAUGAAGUAGAUGGCAUAAGGCUUGGACCAGGAAGAGUAAUGCAUAGUUGGCGUCGAAGUAGCAGUGAUGGUACCAAGACUCCUGCAGGUUCGUUCGAUCCUGAGAAAACAGCUCUGACAAACAGAUCGGCUGCAUCAAGUCGUGAAUCUAGUCAUGGGCAAAAUACGCAGCUGCCUCCUGCCAUAGGGAAAACUCCAUCUAACUCUAAUGAAAGAGAUAACGUGAUAGAAGCAGUGAAAGGGUCCAUUAGAGAUGGUACCUCUAGUGAGACUAAAGCUACUGAAAUGAAAAAGAAUCCUGAACCCCAGCUCAUUGGCAAAGGAACUGAUUCAAUGGAACUUACGUUGAAAGGUCCAGAAUAUAAUAUAGAUCAGAUGGAAGUUAAAGCUAGACACCUUAUUGAUAAAUUUUUACAUAAUAAUGAUUUUGAGGAAGCAAUCAGGUGCGUCACGGAGCUGGCUUCUCUUAGUACGAUUCAUUUGUUCAUCAAUGCUGCAAUCAUCCAAGUCUUAGAGCUUUCUGUCGAAGCACGCCAUUCCCUUGGCCAAUUACUUUUUAACUUAGUCAAACAAAAUAUUAUCACCUUCGAUCAUUAUAAAAAAGGGUUCGAAGUUGUGUUAGAGUCAAUAGAUGAGUUUGCACUAAAUAUCCCCAUGAUAUGGGAGUACAUUGGAGAGAUCCUUGAGCCUAUUCUAGAAGAUAACAAAUUUACUCUAGAUGUUCUUAAAGAUGUCCUAAAACCUUGUAUUCCUUCCCAGACAGCUGGACUGUUGGUAUCAGCAACCCUGCAUUGUGCAGCUAAAAGAAGAGGAACUGUCAAACUUGGAGAGCUGUGGCGAGAAUCUAAGCUACAGUGGACUGACUUUUUAGGGGACGAUGCUAAAGUAGAUGAAUUUAUUCUAAAGCAUAAAUUGGAAUUCACAAUUUGUCCUACUAAAGUAAAGCCUACCACACCAAUGUCAAUUGAAGAGAUUAAAAAGAAUCUCCUUGAUUUGCUUGAAAAAACUGACGAAAGUGAAGAAAUAUUUGAUUGGAUAGAUGCCAAUGUAUUUGAAUGUACAGAACCUAAAUUUAUCCGUGCCUUGGUGUCUGCUGUGCAUGAAAAUGCAUUAAAAGAUACUACUUCUGGGUGUGAAUUAGAUGUUACGAAAUUGAAAAAAAGGAUAUCUAUACUAACACGGUAUAUAGAUCAUAAUGAAAAUCUAGAACUUCAAGCUUUAUAUGCUAUUCAGUCACUAAUGAAUCAACUAAAUCAACCUAAAGGUAAUUCAUUUAUUGAUCCACUUACAUGGCAAUGUUAUGACAUUAUCUUGUAAUCUCAUAAUCUCUAU